AUGAAGGAAAUUUUAGUCAAUCCGAAUGAAAUCAUCAUCAACGAGCAUCAAUAUGAUGACUCUUCUAUUUACUUCAUUUAAAAUGGAAUUAUAGAAAUUUAUCAAUAAUAAAUAUAAAAGCAAGGAGAAAUUAGAGUGAUUUAAACUUUGACAGAUGGCCAAAUAUUUGGCGAUAUUUCGUUUUUCACUGGACUGUAAAGACAAUCUUCUGCUAGAAGUGUUAAUUUAUCCACUCUGUAUAAAAUAAGUAGAGAUGAAUUCAUAGAGGUACUUAAAGAGAAUAAAGAAGAUUUUGAGCACUUUAAAAUGAUGCAGGAUCAAAUUAUAUUUCAAAAAGAAAAAUCUGUGAUUCAUAAUGUUUGCUACUAUUGCAAAGAUAGCAAUCACAUAGCUAAUUAGUGCCCAAGAACUCACAAAAUGUUUGAUAAACAAUUUAUCAUUUUAAAAGACAAUUUUUCUAUGUUUUAAGAAAGAUCUUAAUAGAAAAUUACAAAUAAAAAAAUAAAAUAAAAUAGUAGGCUAGAACUUAAAAGAAAUUUAGCAAGCCUUCAACGUCUUAAAUAUAAUUUAUAAUAUUCAGACGGAUAAAAUUUUUUUAUUUAUGAUGAUAAUUUGCUAAGUUCUUAUGAUUCAAUGUCUCAAAGCUCGAACUAUGAAGAUGAGGAAAAUACUCAAAGCCAAAUUCUUGAAUAAGAAAAAGAUGUACAUAAAAAGAAAAGCAUUAAAGCAAAAGAAAAGGAGAAAGAAAGAAAAAUAGAUAAAUCAAGUAGGAGUAUUGUUGAUAAAUCGAAUCAAUCUAAUCAGAGUGAAACUGAAUAAUAAAUAAAUCAAGAAAAUUAAAAUGAGAAAUGCCAUGAAAAUUUUAUUUAUGAAAAUUAAGAUACAAAUAAAAUUGCAUCGAAAUCUUUGAGCUCAUAAGCUAGAUUAAAGUCUUUCGAAGCAACUGAAGGCAUUGAUUUAAAUAAUGAAGAGUCUCAAAAAACUAUCUUUUAAAGAUAAAAAAGUUAAUAGGAAUAAAAUAAAAUAUUUUACAGAAGAGACUCCAAUAAUAUUUAACACAAAAAGAAUGAUUAAUAGUAUUAAUAAACUAAUAAUUAAAAUGAAAAUGAAAUUAUUAGCAAUUCGCACAUUUUCGAUAAACAGAAGAUUCAUUAGCAUAGUCAACAUCCAAAUAAUCUUUAGGAUUAAAAUUUAAGUCAAAUAAAAAAAGGUUCAAAUGGCAUUUCAAACAAGUAAUCUACCAAGCAAAUACCAAUUUAAUCUUCUGAAGAAAUAAUUUAAAAUAUUUAUCAAGAAAGCAGUCAAAUUUAAUAAAAUUUAAAGUUAGAAAACAAUAAAAAACAAUCUACAAAUAAUUUAAUAGCAUCUCACUCUAAAUUAAAUACAUUGCAGAAAAAUUAAAAGGUAUCUAAUCAAAAUCAUUAAGAAAGAAGAAUUUCUAUAGAUUACGCAUUCCAGAAUAUAGCUACUUUAUUAUAUUUACAAGGCAAAAACAUUUCGUCAUAAUAAUUAAAUAGUGGAAAUAACAUUUAUUAUGAGAAUACUGCUAAUUAUUCUAGCUCAAUAAAAAGAAUUAAAGAUCAAAAAGGUUCACGGUCAAGUUCUGCCACUUUAAAAAAUAAUAAAUUAUCUAAUAAUAGCAAUCUGUCAGAAGAUAACUCAUUAGAAGAAGUAAAAAUUGAUAAGUCGCUUGAAAUCAGCAAGAAAUAACUUUCAAAGUAAGAAUUACAAGUAAUUGAUAGACUCUCUAAGAUAAUCCAAUAAUCUUAACUUCCAUAUCUCCUUUAAUUAACAACAGCUAAAAGUUUUCAAUUUUUAGAUGUUUAAAACCCUAUGGAUUAUUUUGAUAAAAUAUAAUGCUUUAAGAAGUAUUAUCCUGAUUAUAAUAUUAAUAAAAUAAUUCAUAAAAUAAAAAUCCUACAAUAAGAAUAAAAGAGACUUAAAAAAGUUAAAUUAGCUUAAAGGGAACGCCGCUAAAAUAUAGGAGUGACAAAAAUUUCUAUAUUUUAAGCAAACUCUAACAUAAUUAGAUUCGUUCCUUAAUAAGAUUAUAAUAUUAAUUUAUACAAGCCUACAUAUCUUUCUUAUGGAAUCUAAAUGUAAAAAGGAAUUACUUACCCUAUUAAUAGUUUUUCUCAAUAAAAUAAUUGA